UUCCGCAAUAGAAAUUUCCAGUCGGGAUGAACAGCGCCGAGAGCGACAUGGCUCGGCCGCUGCCGACGGACCUCCUCGACCCCCUCGACAAGAUGACCUCCGAGACGCGGUCCCAGCGCCUCAUGACGGAGCUGGCCGCGCUCUCGGCCGACCGCGAUCAUGUGGUCUCGAUGGAGUCGCUUACGUACCUCAGCGUCAUGGGCCGCGUCGAAGCGAUCAAGCUGGCCGUCGAGAAGCCUCUGGCCGACGCCCCGUCCAAGGGGACCGACCGCGUUUCGGCGGACGCGGCCCGGCGGCAACGCGUCGAGGAGCUCACGCGCUUCUUCAUGGAAGCCAAGUCGGACAUUGAGUUUGCGCUGAGCGGAGGCUUGGGGCGUCGGGAGCGUGCGCGACAAGACCAAAUCGAUUCGGACGGCAAGUCGGACGAGGAGAAGAGUGAUGCAUCGAUGCAGGAGGCGAGCAUGGACGACGCCAAGCCCGAUAGCAUGGCCGACGAGGCGCCCCCCUCGCCCGAGCGCACGCACUUUCAGCUGCUCUCAGACCCGAUUGACGCGCGGGUGUUUCACCCCCUCUUGCUCUCGAUCCGCGACUCGGACCCGCUCUUGUAUGGUACGAUCUUGUGUCAUCCCCUCGUGGCGGUGCACGACCCGCGACGCGAGAAGCAGCAGAAGGCGCAGCUUCCGUCCAAAACGAAGAAGAAGAAGCAGAAGAACGACAUCCCCGCAAUGUACCAGCCCGACUUUGCGGCGCCGCUGCUCACGGACGACGAAGCGACCGUGCACGCCGCACGCUUUGUGGCCCGCGCGCUGGCCGAUGGCACGAUUCCGGCACUUCUGCUUGCAGCGCAAGUCGUGCUCUCGUUUGACUUGAGCAAGCAGUACCCGCUUGUGUCACAUCUCAAGGUCCUGCGCGGCGAGGCCGCCCCGGGGGAAGCAGCGCCUGCCGCACCCAAGGUACAGCCCAAGAAGCCGCUGGUGCCUAGCUCGGACGUUGUCUUGGACACGGCCGACUUCAUGAGCAGCGUCAUGGAGCUCGAAGGAACCAUGGGCCCUCUAGCGGCGCUCCGCUCGCGCUUGGGGCGACUCGAAGAUAGCAUGGACGAAGACAUGGACGCGAUGAGUAACAGCAGCAGCAGUCAGCUGCCCCUCGAAGAAGUCGUCGAUGAAGAAGCGCUUAUGGCCCGUGCGAUUGCGCUCUCGUUAUCGCCCGAGCUGCAGGUCACGGACGCCGACGCAAUCGAGUCCAAGGUCGAUGCGGACACAUUGUUGCCGGAAAAUGCGCCCAAAUCCUUGCCGACAGCGUACAGCCCCGAUGAGCUCACGGCGUUUGCCGUCUUCGAUCUCUCAUCCGCAAGCGAUGCGACUGUCGCCGGUAGUGUCGUCCUGCAGUAUCUCUGGACGGGCGUCCACGUCAUCUGCCGCGAGUACGUCGAGCUCGCCGAGACCAAGCGCACCGUGUCCGCGAGUAACCCGAUUGUACCCAACCCGCUCGCGUUCCUCUUGCUGCAGUCGAUGCUUGCCCGGGUCGGAGCGCAUGUCGACGGCUCGGACCGCGACGCUUUGGUGUUUACGUCUGGCGCCGUCGUACUUUUGCAUGCGCUCGACGCAUACCUCUUCCAUGUGCACGUCAUGGGCAUCGCACCGGCGUCCGUGGGCCUUGGCCAGUCGUCGACGAACGCCAACCCACUGCCGCUGGCGCUCAAGAACGUUCUUUUGCACUACAUGGCGGGUAUCGAAGGUCCCGAUGCGCCUCUGGACCCGGUCGUGUUUACCGACGCCUCGGCGUCGCUAUCAGCGUCCGUCGCACGGUACCGAGCGUGCCUUCCGGCGCAGGCGCGUGUGACGUGGGCCCGCGGCAUCGCGCAUUUUUAUCCGACGCACAGCGAGCGCCACGCGCUACUGCACUCGCUUCUCGGGCAGCUUCCACACGCGCACGCGCAAGUCGAUUUGCUCUGCACCCGUCUUGCCAUUCCCGACCUAGCGCUCGGCUUUGUGCCUGCGUUGCACGAAGAGUACAGUGCCGAGACCAGACCGCGAACGCUUCUGGACGAUGAUGCGUUCGCAAGCUCCAAGCUGUGUAUAUGGCCGCCCUCGCUUGUGCGCGAGUCGCUCGAGGCGAAUACGUGUCGCUCGUCAAGCGUGUUGGACUUUUUGCUGGCGGUCGCGCCGGGCUUGUUUGAUGUGGCAACCUCGACCGACGCGUCGCUGGACACCGUUGCGAACAUGUACGCGCAGGCUUUCGAGAGCCAAGCCGAUGCGCUCAAGCAGACGUGGUCGCAUCUGCUGCCGACGAUGCAGAAGCUCACAGAUUAUGUCGCCCACGAGCCUGUGCUUCGCACGGUCGCGUUCCCGACACCGGCGUUUUCGUCGACGACGGUGCCGCUUCUCGGGAAGGCACCCAACGCGCGCCUCCAGCUUCUUCGCGCCCUACAAGAUGGUCUCCUCGCAUCUUUGCACGGCUCGAUAGCGGGCGACGAGCCGACGCGUCUCGAAUUUGACGGUGCGCGCUGCGCCGACACGCUUACACUCGUGGACGGCCAGUCAAGCGCAAAGCAGCACACGGCGAAACAAUGGGGCAUGGUGCUCUCGACGUAUGGCUGUGCACCCAAUACGGGCCUCCACGAGUGGGCCGUACGUCUCGAUCGGUGCGAGAAGGGUCACGUCUUCCUUGGUGUCAGUACUCGUGAAGCGUCCGUCGCGACGUACGUGGGAGGUGACCGCCACGGCUGGGGCUUGAUUGGCACGCGCGCGCUGUGGCACAACCGGUCCAAGGUUCGUGGCGACUAUGGCGACGGCUUUAGCACCGGUAGCGUCGUGCGCAUCCGUCUCAACACGGACACGGGCGCGCUUAGCUUUGGCCUCCUCGACGACGACUCGGACUGGGGCAUUGCGUUUGACGGAUUGACGCAACAUGGCACGCUGUAUCCUGCGAUCGGCCUCUACCAGCGCGACGACCAGGUCACGCUUGUGCCGGCGUCGAUCGGCGCCUCGUCCGCGACGAUCAGUGCUGACCACGCGAUUACGCCCUUGUACCAGGAGGUCGUGCUGCACACCUUUUUCGAGUAUGUGCACUCGGUCGUCGGGUCAUUGCCCAACUUUUGGUUCGCGCUUGGUGUGCCGCUCUUUAGCUCGCUGUGUUUGCUCGUGCGCCAGGCCCAGCGCAGCCCAAACCACCCGCUUGCAACCAUGUUUGCCCUGCAUCUCCUCCCCAAGUGCUUGGAAGUGCUGCUGCAUCUGGAUGGACCAAAGUCGACGACAAACCAACAGCGUCAGCUCGGCCUUGUUAUCGGCGGCAAGUGGGAGCUCAAGAGCAUGGCGGCGGGCACAAUCCCCGCCCAGCAAUAUGUUUUGGACCUCGACCAAUCUCCUGACGGCGGUAUGCGUGGGCACAGUGCGUCGUCGUCGGUGGCCGUCGAGGGUACCAUCCAAGGCACGCGUGUCUCGUUUGUCGAGACGUGGACCCAAGGCGGCACGUGUCUCGUCCAGGGCCGUCUCCGAAUUGAUGGCCGCGUCUUCCAUGGCACGUACGAAGACACAAAGAGCCACACGAUUGGCGGUAUUUCCGGUAGUGCGCUCUUGCCGCGUGCGCCGCCGUGCCCGGACCUCAAGCUCGUCAUCCAGAUGGUCGUGGGCACGCUCAUCGGUGCCUACAACACGGUGCUGCUCACCAGCGACCCAGAGCCAAGUGCGUACCAGAGUUUCCACGCAAGCGACGAGACGGACAACACGUCGCCGCUGUCGCCGGAAGCUACAACCGAAGAGUACGAAGAGUGGGUACAGAGCCCACUUUUUAGCGGCGGUCUUCCAGAGCUCUUGCCGCACGUGACGGUCGUUGCGCAGCGCUUUGCCGUGCCAACGUCGCCCUGGUCCGCGAUGGCGUCGCGCUGGUCUCAAGCGGUGACGCCGGCGCUCACGUCCGCUCCGGUGGAGCCAUCGACUUUCUUGGCGGAUCUUAUCGCUGGGCGCAACGACGUUGACGCGAACAUUACCAAGCACGCUGGCGAGUCGCCGUUCUUGCGUCUUGGCGGCGACGCGAUGAAGACGGCGCGGCGUAUGAUCUGCGCCUGCAUGCUCUGGCACACGGGCUUGACGCUUGACAACAUGGUCAUUUCCGAGACGGAGCGGCCGAACGAGAACGUGCUUCACAUUUGGCGUGCGGCCCAGCGUGUGGUCGAAUGGAGUGUGCGCAUGAAGCAGCAGCAUUCGCACAGCUACAGUGACAUGGCGACGUACCUCAUGCAACGCGCGCGGUUCCUCCUGCAACUCCAGAACCCGCUCGCGCUCAACUGUGCGUCUUCGGAGCGUCUCUUCUCCGAGACGCUCAUGCACGUCUCGCGCUUCCUCCAGGCGACGGGCACGCACUUGGGCAAACUGCAUCAGAUGCUCUUGCGCAACGCAGGUCGCGCGUACUUUCGUGCCAUGGGCUUGCAUUCGAUGCGCUUUGUGCUCGAGCUCGGCCUCACCAACUCGUCAAGCGCCCUCUGUCAUGCGCUCCAGUGGCUGCAUCUGGACCCGCUCGCCGAAAAGACGGCGCUCCAGAAGCUUCGCAUGCACCACUUUGAUCAUGGCAUUCACGGCUGUGGCCGCGUGCUCCAUGGCCACGUCAAGGAUGCAUGGGAAGCGUUGUACGCACACUUGGCGUCGACCUUGUCGCGUGCGACGUGGGCCAAGGACGCGGAUCUACAGCUUGUCGUGCUGCAAGCGUGGGGCGUGCUGAUUACGCCGGACGACCACGCAUUUGUAUCGCGCGUCGGCAUUUUCCGUAUUUUGCAGACCGUACUCGACGAGGCCCGGUCCAGCGCGGUCGUGCCCAAGCAUAUUGUGCAAGCCGCGCUCAAGGUUGUGCACUUGCUCGCGGCCCAAGUUGCGACCGGCACGCUCCCCGAAGAAACGUCGGUCGCGACAAGCAUUCCGCUGUCGCGCAAGCCGUCGGGUCCGGAAACUCUCGGCAAGUCGGUGUUUGAGAUGCUCUUUACCGAGCUCCGGAACGCUCAAGAAGGCUCGGCGUCCAAAGAGGCGCAGCAGUAUGGCCUCCAGAUCUGCGGGCUUCUGUACAGUGUAACACUUGUCCUCGCCCAAGUGGUUGCGCCUCUUUUGCGCCUCGUCGAGACAGGCUCGUCGCCCGUCCAACGCCGCGUGCUUCAGCUGCUGCGUCGCCUCUUGCCGCACAUUCACCCGCGCCGCUGCGUCCAGUGGGCCGAGGCCGAUGACGACAUGGAAGAUGAUAGCAUGAUGCUCGACGAUCCAGCACCGGGUCACACACCAUCGAGUCUCGUCGUCUUCUUCCUCACCCUCACGCAACUGGCAGGACCGAGCUCGCCCUCGCGCCUCUCCCCAGGCUCCUCGCACGGACUCGUCGGUGAGGUGGUGCAUCUCCUGCGGUCGCUCUUCGUCGCUGACGGUUGGAAGAGUAUCUUGCACGACGUGCUUUUGGAUGCUCUCUCCAAGCAAGAGACGUCGUUUGUAUCCGAAGCCGACGCCCUGGAUGCGCUCUUGCCUCAGUGGACGGAGUGGUAUCGCGACCAGAUGCAAGCUUGCGCCGCCCUUUGCGUCUUGGGUGGACACAUUGAAGGACUCCAAGUGGGCCACAUGGUCAAGCUGGCGCCGCGCCCAAGUUCGUCGGACGUGGUUUUCAAGGGUGCGAAGGGCGUCUUGGUCGGAAUGGACCUCGACAAGUCAUCGGUCGAGGUGCUGCUGCACAAGGGUAGCGAGUGGACGGGCGCGGGCGCGUCGACAAGCACGACCAACAAUCGCCCGAUCCGCGUCGCGCUCGAAGACAUUGUACAGUGCCCCGAGGUCGAGUGGAAGGACAUGGAGCCCGAGGUCAUUCAGCGCCUUGUUGUGCACCACACGCCACAGUUUCUCCAGGCCGUCCUGAGCAUUGCCGCCCCGAGCACGACAAGCUCUAGUGAAGACGAGAACAAAGAGCCCAAGGACGCACCGUUGUCGCUGGACGCGAUCCGCUCCGUGGUCGACGAAGAACAAAAAAUGCUGCAAGCGCUUGUCGGGCUGCACGGUAUCCGCGCGAUGGGUCCGUGGCUGCACCAGCCGGCAUGCCCCGUGUGGCUCCAGCCGACGCUGCCGUUGCUUUGCCAAGUGGCGACGCUACCUACGUCGACGAGUGGGCUCACCGAUUUGAGUAUCCUCGAAGAGCAGUGGCUCCUCCUCUACCGCAAGUGGCUCGAGGAACACCAAAGCAAGUUCCCCAAAGAGGCAUCCCCCACAUCGGGGGCAGCGGCAACCGACGCUGACGCCCCAAAGACAGCCCCGGCUGCCGCGGCGCCACCGUCGGCCUUGUGCCUCCAGAUGAUGGAGAUGGGAUUUCCGCGCGAGUGGUGUGAAGUUGCGCUCGCCAAGUGCGCGUAUCAAGUGGAGGUGGCCAUCAACUUUUGUUUUGAGCACUCUGGCGAGAUGGACCGACUCGUGCAGCAAGCGACGCAAAAAGCCAAGGCGCCGGCGCCACGCAAGGAGCGCGCUGAACCGUCCGUGCCGCCGAUGCUCCUUGAGCAGCUGAGCGAGAUGGGUUUUCCAGUCAACUGGUGCAAGAAGGCCCUUUUGGCAAACCGCAACAACGUGGACGCAGCACUCACGUGGAUCCUCUCGAACGGCGAAGCGCUCGAGGCCGAAGACCGCCGUGAAGAAGAAAAGGCAAAGGACGUUGUCGAGCACGUUGAGCGAUCGACGGUGCGGCAAGGCCCCAACCCACUUCGGCACAUCAGCGGUCAAGCAUCGAUCUCGGACGAUCUGCUCGUCGAAGGCAUGGCUGGUGGCGGCUUUGCGUCCGUCGGCGCGCCCGACUGCAUCGUCUUCACGGGUCGUUGGUACUACGAAGCGACGCUGCUAACCUCGGGCUGCAUUCAGAUUGGCUGGGCGGACGCUGCGUUCUCGGGCGCGUCCGAGCGUGGCACGGGCGUUGGCGACGGGCCGCACUCGUGGGCCUAUGACGGCUGGCGCCAGCAAAAGUGGCACGGCCUUAGCAGCCCGUACGGCCGCAAGUGGAAGGUCGGUGACGUGAUUGGCUGCGGCGUCGACUGCGACGCUGGGACCAUCUCUUUUGCCUCAACGGCGAGUACAUGGGCGUGGCCUUCCGCGGCAUUGACCUUUAACCGGCGCGAGCGCCUCGCCUUCAACUUUGGCGGCCUGCCCUUUUGCACGACGUCGCUGGCGCAUGCCAACUUUGCGCCGAUCUUGCGCACGCUUCCGACAGAUCCAACGGCGUACGUCAAGGGGUCGCUCGAAGACAGUCUCGAAGAGUGUAUGGGCGAAGAGCAAUACGCGUCGGACGCGCGGUACUUUGGGAAGGACCUCAAGGCCGCUGCGACUAUUCCGGGCCGCGCCAAGCUCCAGAAUGCUGCGGCGCUGCAGUCGUCCCCGUCGUCGGCGUCGCUCCUUGGCGACUGGAUGCAACUCACGCGCCAGUUGGCUAUCUUGCAUGCCCGCAAGGCUCUUUUGGCAAUCUGGAGCCAGUGGCCCGUCGACUUGGCCGUGCCUGACGUGCCCGCCGAGUCGUUUUAUACGUUCCUGAAGCUCGUGGCACCGUACGCAACGCUGGCCACGGGUGAUGACGCGAUCUUGUCGUCGCUCGACACGCUUCGACCGCUCACGCUUCAGAUGCUCGCUUCGCACCCAGGUAUCGCAACAUCAAUGCUGUCGGCGUUGAGCGACCAUGUCGCACUCGCUGGCACGCGCAAGUACGCCAAGAUUCCCUGGGACGCACCCAACGAGCUCGUUGUCGUGUCGAGCCUCGCGCAGCUUAACGACGCGCCGUGGACUGACAACGAAGUGCUGACGCACCCCAACGUGCACUUUGCCGAGUGGGUGACGUUUUUGCUGCUGGAGCACAGCCGGCCAUCCGUGCGUGAAGCCCUUUUGCAAGCGUGGCUCUGCGUCCUCAAGUCACCCAGUCUGUGCUUGAAGGACAAGGCUGCGCAGCUUUUGUCUCGGUUCGUGCCCGAGAUGCCGCUGGAGACAAUUUCGCGCUUCCCGCUGGAACGACUCGUCGCUCUCUGCACCCAGCGCCUCGCAAAGGAGUAUGUUCACUUUCCGAUCUGCUCCAAGUACCUCCAACACCUCAUGGAGCUCACGUCGACGCUGUGUAUUGCGCACGGUGACGUCUUGCCGACGAGUUCGCUUGCGCAGCGCGUCUUGGCCGCGAAGGCAGCGUACGAGACAUUGCAGCCGCUCGAGCUCCUCGAGUCGCCACACGUGGACGAGGCCGAGAAGCAGGACGAGUCGAUGGGCGACGACGACGAUGAUGACGACGGCAUGACGCCGCCGCCACCGCCACCGCCAAUGGAUUUGGCCGCCAUUGCUCAGAUGAACGCAGAAGACAAGAACGGACUGCCUGUGGACACGCCGGUCGCGACCGCUGCGCGCGCACCAGUGCCGCCGUUCCCGCUGCAGCUCGUUGACAGCUCUCUUUUGACGCCCGAGCAGCGAGUGCACAUGGAAGCAGCGUACCUCGGGUUCAAGUCGGGCGCGCCUGUGUCGUGGCCCUAUGGCUUUGACAUGGGUGUCGUUUCGGACGACGCGAAGGCGCAUCUGUGGACGGGCGCCGUAACGCAGCUCAAGGUUCAGCGCCCCGUCGACGAGCUGGAGGCGGCAAAGGCUGCGGCCGAGGUCAUUCCGCCGCUCGGCAUCGGCUGCAAGGUCAAGCGUGGGCCGCACUGGAAGUGGCGCGACCAAGAUGGCGGUGAUGGCAUGAUUGGGACUGUCGAAGGGAUUAGCCCCUGGAGCGGCGUGGAAGGCGAGGGCAUGAGCGUCCGCUGGCCCAACGAAGCACUCUACACGUAUCGGUGGGGUGCCGACGGCAACUACGACUUGACUCACGUGGAAGUCGACGACCAAAACAACGUGGUGCGAACGUACCCGACGCCCAAGCCGACGGUCGGCGCCACGCUCUCUGCCGCAGACAUUCUCGCCAACCCGUUUUCGGUUGAGCUUCACUUUGGCAUGGUGCUGCGGGUGUGGUCGACACAUGAUGGUCGUGUCGAGGGCGUCGUCGAGUGGCCCGACCACCAAGCCAUCAUUGCGGUUGCCGGGACGUUUGCAGACCACACGUUGCAGUUGCAAGAAGUGGCCAUGCUGCAAGGUGACAUGGACAUGGGCUGGAGCUUGCGCUUUGGCUGCGAACGGUGGCUCCCCGGCACCAAGUACUCGCUCGUCGUGGACGCAUCGACUUGCUGGGGCGACGCUGUCUACUAUGGGUGGCACGAAAAAGCGUGGUCGCUUGUCAAGAGCCAAGUGCGGCUUCAGUCAGAGCUGCUCUUCUCGCUAGACCCGCACGCCGCCAACCCGGCGCUGCAAGUUGCUACCGACGGGCAGAGCGUGCAGUGCCUCAGCGGCGACUCGCGCAAUCUCGUGCUCGGCACCGUCGGCUUUAGUGCCGGUGUGCACUACUGGGAGCUGCGCGUCGACCAGGCCGAGUUUGGCUCUGUCUUUCUCGGCGUCUGCGAAAAGCAGACCAAGGGUACGACGGUCGUCAACCUCAACCGGUGGCAGGGCUGGGGGUUUGUCAACUUUCGCGCUACGUACCACAACUCGACCGAGCGCAUUUACGGCGACCACUUUAACGCUGGCGACACGAUUGGCGUCUGCCUCAACAUGGAGUCGGGCAAGCUCUCGUUCUUUAUGGACGGUAUCAAGUACGGCGAGCACAUUGUGACGGACCUUGGCACGGCGUUCGAAGGUCUCAAGCACGACAACCAGAGCCCGAAGACGCUAUACCCGUGCAUUGGUUUGCGCAAGGCUGGUGACAAGGUGACACUGAACGGCAAGUGGAUCAGCUCACCCGGCGUUCCUCCCGCGUUGGUGUGUAAGACGGCGAUGGCGUUUUCGUCGCUCGUGCACCGCCUCGUGCGGCAGCCGCCGGCGCCGCUGCCAGAGUCGUUUGUCCACAGUGGGUACCGGCAGUACCACCGGUGGCUCACGCAGCACACGCUGCGGGUUCUCACGCGCGGGCGUCUCUCUGUGGACCUCGACACGGCUGUGACGAGCUGCCAGCGCGUCUGUGACGCUGCGCAAGCACCGAUUGCAUUUUUCGCCGGGGAUCGCGUUCGCAUUCUCUCCAAGGGCGGUCGCGCGCUGGACGCACCCGAGGAAGCCGUCGUCUUGGGUGUGUACCGCGACCGCCUCUGGUACCGCGUCGAAACCCAGGGCAACGAAGGCAGCGAAGAGGGUCGGUCGUACGCGUGGUACUGGGACGGCACCGAGCUCCCCGAGCUCAUUCUUGUCAAGCGCGACGGCGUCGACGUGAGUUCGGGCGCCAUUCCAGCGCCGGCGCCUUCCAGCACCCCCGCGCUCCACGCAGACGAGCUCGUGGCGCUCUCGAGUCUUGGUGGCUACCAAGCGCUUGCGCUAGCGCCAGUCCACUCGCUCUCGACCGACGUGCAGCUGAUCGAACACCUCAACGGCCUCUGUGCGACGCACGGCGUGGACGCCGUGAACCUCUCGUGGUCGCACAUUCAAGCCGUGCAGCUGUCACUUCCUGUGGAUGGUCUCGAGACGCCCAUGCUACGCGCUCGUCUCGCACUCCUUCUCGCCUUUCAGCAGCUCGUAUUGCAGGCGAGUCCACUCUUGUGCUUUGACGAUGGGUCGCGCACGAGCCGGGAGCUGCUCACGCUGCGGCGCCUCGUGUGUACGAGCACGAAACUCAGUCUUUGGGACAGCGUCUUGCGCGCGACGACGACCGCCACGCCGCUGCCGUCCGAUGAGUAUGAAGACCCUCGCGAGAUUCGCGUGCUGCGCAUCAACCGGAUCCAAGCACAGGCCUCCAAGCUCGCCUUGUGUCCCGCGCCGUCGGACCGCCUGCGCAAGUCGGUGUUUGGCCAGCUCUACCGCGAGAUGCGCACAUGGAGCGACUCUGGCUUUCGCCGCGCGUACAUUGGCAAAGGCCACGGCGGGCAAAAGCGUGCGUUCAAGGUCAAGUUCCUCGGCGAGGGUGUCAACGACUAUGGUGGCCCGUACCGCGCGGUCUUUGAGCAAAUCGUGGACGAGCUCCAGAUGGACCAGGUCGAAGUGACCAAGGGCGAGCAAGGCCUGCUGCCGCUCCUCGUGCCGUGCCCGAACCGUCGCGCUGGCACGGGCAGCAACCAAGACAAGUUUGUGCUCAACCCGAGCUGCGGCACGAUCUCGGUCGCUGUCGGCCCCAUUGCAUUGGAGCUGCACCGCUUCCUCGGCAAGCUCAUUGGUAUGGCCGUGCGCCACGGCCUCCAGAUGGGCCUCGACGUGCCGUCUGUCGUGUGGCGUCCACUCGUGGGCCUGCCUCUGCACGUAGCCCACUUGCGCGAAAUCGAUGUCGUUGCAGCCAAUAUGCUCGAGCAAGUCCAAGACGACGCUUUGAAGGGCGAGCCGCUCGUCUUUACGACGCACCUCAGCGACGGCACCGAGGUCCCGCUGCUUCCGGACGGUGACGCGCGGUUGGUCGACAGUAGCAACCGCGCCGAGUACGUCGAGCUCUCGCUUCGGAAGCGUUUGAACGAGAGCAGCCCGCAGCUUCAGGCGCUGCGCGACGGUCUCGCCUCGGUGCUGCCGAUGGAGCUCACGGGGCUCUUUACGGCGCGCGAGUUUGAAGUGCUCGUGUGCGGUCGGCGUCAAGUCGACGUCAACCUACUGCAGCAGUGCACCGAGUACGAAGACGUGGACCCGCAGAGCAACCACAUUCAGUUUUUCUGGCAAGUGCUCCACGAAAUGUCGAACGAAGACCGGACGCUCUUUCUGCGCUUUGUGUGGGCGCGCAGCCGCAUGCCCAACUCGGCCAAGGAGUUUCCCAUGAACUUCAAGAUCCAAGCGCCCCACGACCAAGGCGCGCGCCAGACGCCGGACGCCUACCUCCCGCAUGCGCAGACGUGCUUCUUCUCGCUGAGCCUGCCCGCGUACUCGACCAAGGAGAUUUUGCGCGUCAAGCUGCUCUACGCGAUCCAAAACUCGCCUAACAUGGACGCCGACGUCCGCCUGCACAACGCCGAGGGCUGGGCCGACGCCUAG